GCCAUCCAUGAAGUGAUGGAUGACUUCAACAUAUGAUAUGAAUGUAAUUGUUAUGAAGUGAGUCAUUGAUUGGCAAUCGUCAUGUCAUUUGGUUGACCAUUAAGUCUUGUCAAUGGAUUUAAGCCGAAAAUUGAGUCUCAAGUCAUUCAUCCGACAGAGCUCAUCUGGAGGUUUAUCAAGUGGUCAUUCAUAUCAAACUACAAAUACCAAGAAAGAUGCCAUAGAUUUGCCAUUGAAUGAGCUCAGGAAGGAUGAGUUCGUCAACAACUAUAUGAAAGAAAAGUCCAGCAGAGAGUCAAACUCGGAUCCAAUGAAUAUAUGCAAUCCGGACAUCGAGUCUGAAAUACUUGAAUGUAUUGAAGAUAAAUACUAUGAAGAUAUUACUGAUCCAUAUAUGGCUGAGCAGCUAAUCUUUGACGACUUACCUAAAGAGUUGAAUUUAAGUUAUUUGAUUGAACAGAAAACUAAACUUAAGAAACAAUUAAUUGUUGUGUCAAAGAAAGUAUCGGAUCUGAUAUUGAAAAAUGAAACAAAAUAUAARACAGAAUUAGAAAGAGUGACCAAAUUGCAGACCGGUCUCAGCGAUGCCAUCAAAGUGUGUACAUCGGGUCGCAAACAGCUGGACUGUUCAAAGUGUAAGUUUACUUGUGUUGGACUCGGAAUAGUUGCCUCAUAUCGACGCCGAGAAGUCUUAAAAUCACUAUUAAAAGCUUUGCAAACCAUCAAAACAUUACAAGAAACUGAUGUACGAUUGCGUGAACUUCUUGAAGACGAUGAAGACUAUACGGGAGCCAUACAAUUGUAUCUCGAGUGCCAUAAAGUGGUUUCAAGUCUUAAACAUUAUAACUGUAUCAGUGAAUUGAAUACUAAACUACAGGACACACUUGAGAUGACUGAAGAGCAGAUUGAUGUGGCGCUCAGUAAGAUGUGUCUUACAUUUAAUAAAGAUGUAUACAUUAAGAUUAUGUGCGCCUAUAACUUAUUGGGCAAAAUUCAGACAGCUAUGGAUCAAUUGGUGAUGCAUUUUGCCGGUGCCAUACAUAACAAAGCAUUCAGUAUUGUUUUAGGUUAUGUCGAGCUCUUUGCCAACAAUACCAAUGCCAACACUAACGCUCAGAAUUAUCAUAAGAGACAAUACAAUGAAUUAUGUAAAUGUUUGACAACUGAUAGCUUCUUGGCGUGUCUUACAGAUCUUUGCAAAGCUCUUUGGGAUAUUAUGUCAAACUAUUAUCGCAUACUAUUGUUUCAUAGAGAGGAUGUCACGGCAUUCAGUGAUAAUAUUGUCUAUAAUAUCGGCGCUGAAAAUAUAGAGUUUGAUAAAGAGUUUGUAAUUCAAAAGUUAGAGCACGGGUUGGGUCGCAUUUGGCAAGACGUACAGCAAAAAGUCAGAAUUUUAAUACAGAAUCAUAACCUGGCGUUUCAUAAUUUCGACGAAUUCAUCAAAAUUCUUGGUGUCACCGAAAAAAUGAUUGAAAUCGGCGAAGAAUUUUGUGGCAAUACAUCCGAAGACAUUCAAAAUUCUAUACAUAAACAAACUAUUAAUUAUUUUCAAAACUAUCACAAGUCUUGUAUGUCUGAACUAAAAGUAUUUCUUGAAAACGAAAUUUGGACUCUUUGUUCUGUACCUGACUUUAGUUUAAUUGAUUUAAAAGAGUUUCACUUUUUACGAACACAACUUCCAUCACAAAAGCUGACACUAUCACCAAACUCAUCGCCCACUAAACGACAAAAGUAUUAUUUUUCAAAACAUUUUCUUCAAUCAAAUGAUAAAUUAAAGACACCAUUUGAUACCGAUGAUGAUGAAGAAAUCGAUAGCAUCGAAGUAGCUAUAAAUUCAUCACAACAUAUCAAUAAUGAAGAUAACGAUAUGGAAAACAAUUGCCGGAAGUUGUCUAAUGGUCAGUGCAAUGAUAAUAUGACUAUCGGUGAACCAAUUAUGACAAAUACCACUUUAAAUGUGUUGCGUUUGUUCGGCAAAUAUAUACAAAUGAUGUCAAUCUUGCGUCCGAUUGCUUUCGAUGCGAUGAUCUGUUUGUUUCAAUUGUUUGAUUAUUAUUUAUAUGUUGUCUAUAAGUUCUUCGCCAGAGAUAUGCUCAUUAUGUCCGACAGUUCACUCGCUAAUGAAAUGAAAAUAACGCUCAAACGUAUUGCCGAUGAUUUGCUGAUCAGUGAUAAAUUGGACACAAACGCCGAAUCACAUAACAAUAAUAAUGUUAACAUUAAAUAUGAGACUCCAGUGCUUUCAUCACUUGUUAACAUGUCUUCACCAGAAACUCUUUAUGGUUUAGCUGAAAGAGUGGUAGCGGUUGAGUCUCUUGUGGUUUUGUCGACACAAUUUAAGUAUUUACAACCAUAUCUCGAUAGUCUCUUAACCAGUGAUAAAAAACAUCAUUUAAAUCAUUAUUUUAAUAAUGUUGUUUCAAUUGCUAGUGAUUUACGUAAACCUAUUUAUAUGUGGGUGACUGUCAAGUGUGUCCAAUACGAGCACAUCGUGUCACUGAUGGCCACAACUCAGUGGAAUAUAAGAGAAAUACUUUCGAUGCAUAACUCAUACGUCGAUCUCUUAUUACGUGAACUUCAGAUUUUUAGUAUGCGUUUGAAUCAAGUAUUUGAUAAACAAUUAAAUGGCCGACAAAUACCCAAAGAUGUAUAUAACAUAUUAUGGGAUCAAAUAUUACGACUUUCUAACAGAACAUUCGUUGAAGGUUUUUCACAGUCCAAGAAGUGCUCCAAUGAAGGUCGGGCUCUCAUGCAACUAGAUUUUCAACAAUUCUUGACAAAAGUCGACAGUUUGACAACAAUUAAACCAAUUCCUGAACGAGAACUCGUAGAAGAGUUUAUCAAAGCUUUUUAUCUGACAGAGUCAGCACUCAUUGAAUGGAUUAAAACCAGAAAAGAGUAUAAUCCUAAACAAAUACAUGGAUUAGUUAAUUGUAUAACAAAUGAUAAUAAGAAAAUGAGAUCAAGAAUUUUACAAGAAAUCGAUUGCAAUCCUUAA